AUGCUUCGCUUGCGAGGGACCGGGGAGCAUGGCUGCGGCCCUCGCGUCCACGACGCGGGAGCCCGACACAACCACGCUUGGAAGUGCGUCGGCUCAGUUGCGAGGUCGGCACCUCAACCCCAUGAGGUCUUCCCUGCCAGCUCGGUGAUCGAGCUCUGCGGCGCAGCGGUGCUGCGCACGGCGGAGGACCUCAACUCCGAGAAUUGCGGCGAGCUGGAGCAGGGACAGGCAUGUUUUGUUCUGGGCCACGGCACUUCGCCAGACAGCCGGCGGUUGCAGGUCUACGUCGUCGGCAAAGGCCUGCGCGGCUGGAUCAGUUGCGUGGCAAAGUCCGGGAGGAAGCUGGUGACGAUGAUUGGAGCUCCAGGCUCGGACGUUGCGGCCGGUGCUGCAGGCGAGUUCCAAGCCAUCGCCGGUGCGGCCGUGGCCGGUGCCUACGCAGGCUCCCCUCGGUCUGGCAGUAUCUUCAGUGCAGCACCGGCCAUACCGAUGGUCACACAGCACAGCCAAUCAUCUGCGUGCACGCCAUGCCAAAGUGUUUCCCCUGCCAUGCCCAUGCCGGCCAUGCCAGCUUGCGGGACAAUGCAAAGCAAUCACUCGGCCUGUGCUGGUCAAGCCAUACAAAGCCAGGGUGCUAUGCCUGCAAUCCCGGGAGUUGGGGCAAUGCAGAGCCAAAGUGCGAUGCCUGCAAUGCCGGGAGUGGGGACAAUGCAGAGCCAAAGUGCGAUGCAGGCAUGGAGCCCGGCAGCCGCAGUGCAGAGCCAAGCUUCAAGCUACUCAGCAGGCGGGUGCCAAGUCGACAUGGCUCCCAGGAGUUGCGGCUUCUCGGCAGCUUCCGAUGUUUCGGAGGCGCAGGGCCGCGGAAACGUCGUGCCCCCUGCCUCGGCACCUGCGUACUCCCGAGGCUCCAGCGCCGUCAACUCGAGCGCGGGCGCGGGCCAGUUCCCACCAGGCUGUCGAGUGGCCGUCCUUGACGAGAUGGUCAUGCGAGCCGAGGAGUCCCUGAAGAGCGAGCAGCUCGCCGUGCUGGAGGAGGGCACUUUGCUGGACGUGGUGGGCUCUGGCUCAGAGCCCGGGACCCGCCGGCUUUACGUGAGACACCAGCAGUCAGGUACUCUUGGCUGGAUCAGCUUCGUAGCGCAGUCCGGGCGACCCUUGGUGGCCUUGGCGGCUGCCGAGGUCGCCCCGCCGGCCUUUGCCGCGAUGCCCUCCACCCGAUCGCGGUCCACCAGUGCUGCGGGCAUCGGCACCGCGUCAGCGUCGAUCUUUUCGGCGCAGGAGGCGCCCGUGGAGCACGGGGUGUCGAUCCCGAUGCCCGCGACGGGCGUGGCCAGCGUGGCCAGCGUGGCCAGCGUGGCGAGCCGGGUGAGCCGCGUGUCGUAUCACCCGCAGGUGAUUACGCAGGAGGUGGAACCAGCGGGGAAGCAGUGGCUGCGGCGGCAGAAGGCACAGGACCUCCGCGAGGAGGCGCCCAAGAGGUUUUUGGUGGACAAUCGCUUGCUCCACGCGGGCACGGAGGGCGUGAACUAUCGUUUUUCGAAGGAUCUCGAGGACAUCGACUUGAGCUGCACGGCUCUGUGGGGCUCCGUCAUCGAGGGCGUGGAUGAAGGGGACGGCUGGCUUUGCGUCUCCGGCGAGCUUUACCUGCCCAUGCAGCUGGCGGGCGUGCCGAUCCUCACAAUCGAGGAGUCGCCCUGGGCGCUUGCAGGGCUGCAGGUCGUGGAGGCUUUCCCUAUCGGCAGCGCGGUGCUCAUGCUCGAGGCAGCCAUUAUGAGGGCUGCCGAGGACCUUCGGAGCACGGCAAUCUGUCAGCUGGAGAAGGAGCAAAGGAUGCAGAUACUUGGCCACGGCGCAGGUGCCCGGAACCGCAGGCUCUUCGUUCAGGACCCGGUGUCUGGGCAGGACGGUUGGAUCAGCUUCGUCUCCCAGACGGGAAAGCUGCUCGUGACACCGUUGGAUCAUUCCCCCGAGCAGAUGCAGAAGGUGGCAACGAUGAUUACCACCCGGCAGCAGCUGGAGAGCUUUGAUGGCCAGGGGGCAUCCGUGUCCAUGGAGGUCGCGCAGGCUCAGGAGGAGCCAGCUGCCCCGGAGCCACAACAAGCCUUCCUCGUCGACAACCGGGCUUUCAAGGCGGACUCCGACGGUGUCGGCUACCGAGCUUCUCCUGAUCUAGAGGACAAGGUGGUCCCUGCUAGAACAGCCUUAUGGGGCACGGUGGUUCACGGUGUGGCUGAUGACGAAGGAUGGCUGAGGGUCGGCGCCUAUUACCUCCCAAUGACCUUGAAGGGCAUCCGGGUGCUGACCCCAGAGGCCGAAGCACCGAAAGCCCAUCUCCCGCAGCUCCCGGGCUUCGCACGAGGAGACUGGGAGUACAUCUGCAUCGACCCGAAGGGUGCGAGCACCUACUUCCAGCCGGGAGCGCCCACGGAGUCUGGCCAGGCGAGAGCACUGGUGAGUCUCCUGCAGCUGUUUCGGAGCUCCGAAGAAAGCUGGGGUGUUUGCCGCGGUCACGGGACGGUCUCCUCUUUGCCCAGACCACAGACCUGCGGACAGGGCUUCGGGGACCUGCCCGGGGUUGUUAACGAGGAGGUCCAGGAGUCGCAGAACAAAGCAGUCGACGAGGUGGCAGCCAAAGGAGCGAUAUCUAUACCUGUCGACCUCCGACAACAGCGGCGAUCCUCCCAACAGCGGCGAUCCUCCCGGGCGUCGAACACAGAGCCUCCGAGUAAGUUCAAGUGUCCGUCUUACACGGCACGGCUCUGGGAGCACACAGCCUCGGGGUGGCAAGAGACGCAUCACUUCUGUGCUGGGCUAGAAGUGGACUUGAAGAAAGACGCGGCAGCAUGCGAAGACUUGUCUGAGAAGAACAGGGAGCGGGAGGUGCACUUGCCCUCCACCUCGCUGACUGCUCUGACGCAACUCCAGGACUCGUUGCAGACUCCCGCCGGCCUCCUCUUGGACAUCGCGGACUGCGGUGAGUUCAAGUUCUCGGAGCUCUUCACGAAGAUGCUGGCAGAGCUGGGUGGCACAGUGGCUGGAAGCGUUUUGCAAGAGGUGGAGCUGCUGCUGCACGACCAUCCCUAUGUCACCCAGGAGGGGACACCAUCCAAGGACGACGCAGUGGGCGAGGCCAUCGAGGUCUUUGUUUGCUCUGCAGGCGGGGAGAGCAUGGAGCAGCCCUCCCUGGCCUUGGCGCGGCUCUCCAAGAAGGAGACGAUGGUCUGCUUCGAAGACGACGACGGCGGGGGCGAGACCCGCUUCGCCGCAGUCGUCAUCUGCGAUCGGACCUCGGCGACGCAGGGCCAGGCCCUCGCACGCCUCAUCGCGACGACCUUCAUGGAUGAGGAGUUCGUGUCGGUGGCACGGUCCGCCCCGAGGUCUCCACUCAUCCUUGGAGCCUUAGAUGCCCACUUGGCACAGCUUACCAUCGUUCCGACGGUGAAGCUGAACAAGGCGGCCAAACGAGCCUCGGGAACCCAGAGCCCGAAAGGAGAUUACCUGCUCUCCCACUCCUUGGUGUCGGGCAUCCAGAGACGGAUGAGCUUAGUCUCACCGGAUCAGGCAAAUCUGCAGGCUCAGGAAUCCAGGCGCCUCUCCGAUGCCUCGAAAGAGUCCAUCGACGAGUUGGCGCCUCCGACCAGUUACUUCAUCGAGGUCGAUCGGAUGGAGGCCGACGAAGAUGAAUGGAAGAUGGAGCGCUGCCUGAGACAAGGACUCGAAGUCGAUCUCUUCGUGAAGGCGGAUACGCCCCACUUACCGAAGGUGAGUUGCCAUGGCUUGCAGCUGGUAAAGAGGUGUGUCGUGCAAGACUCUGUGGCGAUCGACGUGAUUGCAAGCAAUCCAGGCACUGCUAUUGAUGCCGUGCUCGAGCGGCUCACCAUGUCGGGCUUGCCGGAAGCCGCAGCUGGGCAGGUCACCAAAGCCCUGCUGACCCGGGCCAGGGAUGGAGUGCAGAAGGACUCCCAGGUGAGCAGCGAGCUUGUGGAUCCCGCGCAGGGCGACGAAGCGUGCUUGGUCCUGACGCUCUUGAACGACCAGAUACCUGCGAGCAGCAGUAUUUGUUCGGCCUUUGUCCGUUUGAAGGUGGCGUUGCCCAUGAACUUCGCGGCGAACACCCCUGUGAGAUUCUUGAUCGUGCUGGCGUGCCACAGUGACCGGGAGAAUGACCUCACGGAGCUCAGCGAGAGCUUGGCGGCCCUUGCAGUCGACGAGGACCUGAUCCUCAAGAUGGCCCGGGCAAAGGACGCCUCCGCCUUCGUGGCGGCCUUCGAUAGCAGACUGGGGGAGAUCGUGCUGUUGCCCCACGCACACGUGCACUCUCGGCGGAACUUUGAAGAUGACGUCCUGCUCUCCCCGAAGGGCGCGGUGCCGCAGUCACCGAAGUCGGUGCGGAUGAAGCGACGGCCCUCCAUGGACGAGGCUGGCAACGUCAUCACCAGUGUAAAGAGCGAUGUGGGCUUCGACCACAUGCACAAGCACGGUCCGGGCGACGACACAGAAGAGCUGCCGUCGCUGCAAAAACACGUCUGGCGGGCCGUGGGUGUGCUGCAGAAGUAUGCGCUGCCGCUCGUCACUGGCGUGAUCGUUGCCAUGGUCUGGAAGAACACGGCCGAGGACUCGUACUGGACAGUGACGCAUGAUGCAAUCAUCCCGGGAUGGCAAAUUCUCGGCCACGACGCGAGUUUGCACUUCCUGAUCAACGACAUUUUCAUGUGCUUCUUCUUUGGCCUGGCCAUCAAAGAGGUGACGGAGGCACUUCUGCCGGGCGGCUCCUUGAGCCCGCUUCGACGGGCGACGAACCCAUUGAUGGCCACCCUCGGUGGCGUCUUGGGCCCGGUAGCCACCUACGUGGUGUGCGUUCUCAUCAUGGACAGCCUGGGCUCCUUCAAUGGCAUGCAGUGCCAGCAUCCUGCCAGUGAUGUUGCAGACGCCUCGCACCGGCUCCUUGCGGGCUCCGAUGCAGAGGUGCCAAUGGUCAUGGUAGACUGUACUCUCGCAGACAUCAUCAAUGGCUGGGGAGUUCCCACGGCCACGGACAUCUCCCUGGCCUGGAUGUUUGCAAUCUUGAUCUUCGGUGCCGGCCACCCUGCAAUUAACUAUCUCUUGCUACUUGCGAUCGCGGACGAUGCGCUCGGCAUGGCUAUCAUCGCCAUCGCGUACCCCAACCCAGCACACCCGGUGGAGCCGGUGUGGCUACUGCUCGUGGUGGUCGGUGCAGUUGUCGCGUUCUUGCUGCGAAUGGCAAAGGUGCGCUUCUGGUCUGCCUACGUCUUCAUCGCCGGGCCCAUUGCCUGGUUGGGCUUGAUCCUGGCGCAGGUGCAUCCUGCCCUCGCGCUAGUCUUCAUCGUGCCCUUUAUGCCUGCACACCAUGCCCAUGGCGGAGGGGAUGACCACGUGAGCCACGCGAAGAGCCAGGUGGCCAAGGUGCGCGACCUCAUUCCGCACAAUAAGAGCGAAAUGCUGAUACGAGCAGCUCAAGAAUUCAUGGCUCGACAGAGUGCCCCACUACACGCUUUCGAGCAUCACAUGAAGCUCUUCGUAGACUUCGGAAUGUUCUUCUUCGGCCUGGCCAAUGCCGGGGUCAAAGUCGGAGGCCUCGGUUCGCUGACCUGGGCCACGGUCAUCGCCCUCAUCGCCGGGAAGACCCUCGGCAUCGUCUUCUUCUCCUUGUCCGCCCAUUGCAUGGGCUUCCUCCUCCCUGUAGGCUUGACGGUGGUGGACCUCUUUUCGAUGUCGGCGCUCGGCGGGGUCGGGCUCACCGUGGCACUCUUCGUCUCCAACGAGGCCUUCACCGACAAGGGCCUCCAGAGUCAGGCGAAGAUGGGCGCACUGUUGUCUGUGGCCUCGGCGUUGGUGGCCUUCCUCAUCAAGUUUGGUGGCGACCGGGUCUUCCACCGUCGCAAGCCUUGCGAGGAGGAGCCGACCGAGACCAACGUUGAGGUCGUCUACUCCGACGACGAGGUGGAGGCAGACGAGUGGCUGGACGUGGUCGCCAUGAACGACAUCAUGCAGGUGCUGUGGACCCAGCGCAAGUAUCAAUCUCGUGGCACUUCGCUGCCCAUCCGGAAGCUCGUGCGGACGGUCAGCAAGAACAGCACUGCAUGGAACAGGAUGGAGCUGGAAGGCCGGAACAGCGCAUGGGGUCGGAUGACGACCCCCGGCAGCAAGGAUGGCCGAGAAGACGCAGUGCAGCCGGGCGAGCUGGUCAGGAUCUGCGAACGCGGGCUGCUGGGCCAAAAGCUGUGGCUUUGCUUGAUGGAUGGCCGGGGCUGGGUGUUGGAGAAGUCGGAGAGGCAGUUGUCUGAAGUCAGCGACGAGGGCAAGGUGGCCAAGGGCACCAAGAUGAUGCUGGAUCCUCGACUGCAAAAUCCGGUGAAAAUCCUUCCGGCGCCCUUUGCCUUCGGCGCCGUCACCGGGGCUCCCGAGCUGCUGGCGGGCACCGUGGUGGAGGUGAUCCGCAAGGUACAGGUUCUAGUCCCCUCUCCUUUCGGGGAGAACUGGGCGCGCUACUACAAGGUGGAAGAUCAGCGCCGCAUCGAGGGCUGGCUCGGCGAGCUGAGGGUGCAUUGCGGCAUCAAGGAUCCCAGCGCUGGGGAAACGGUCCUCUGCGAUUUUCAGGCCGGUGGCUUCGCAGAGCCCAAGUUCCAUGGCAAGCGGCCCUGUUGGGUGUCCGUGGUCUCUAAGAAUCCGGUGCCCUUGCUCUCAGCUCCUUCGAGGAGGCGGGCGACGAAGAAGACCUUGAGUCCAGGCGACUUCGUCGAGGCGGUGGAGGAGCUUCGUACGGUUGGCUUGGCCUUCUACAGGCUGAUAGACGGCUGCUGGGUCUCGAGGGACGACAGCGCCGGCAAGGUUGCGUGCGACCUCGUCGUGCGCGAGCGACACAAAUGGAUCUACGUCUGCAACGACAAGGACGGCGCCCAAGUGCGCACCACGCCCACGCGCUCCCAAGCCCGGAACGCCAACAAGAAGCUGAAGUACAGGGCACGGGUGAUCGUGUCCGAGAAGGUUACUCUUUCUGACGGCGACGUCUUUUUGAAGCUUGGGGAAGACAAGAAAGGCUGGGUGCCGGCAACGAAGCUGAACUCCAGUGUAGUGAAGAUGGCUCCCUUGCAAGCGCUGGAGGAAGGAGCGGCCGCGCGAGGGCCUGCGGCUUCGCGACCUCCAGCCUCACGGCCGCCCCCGGCUUGCAAUGGCUAUGGAGCCGCACCCCCCAUGCCACAGCCAGAUGCUCAGAGCAGAGCACGGCUGGCAACAUCUCGCAAGCCUUUGGCUUUGUCCAGGCCCGUCAACAGCAACGGCCUCGGUCGGUUUCAUCGGUGUUGGGGGAAUAGCCCGGUCUGGGUCUCAGGCUACAGCCCGUGCCCGGGUGCGCCGGGACCCGGUGCCUACACACAAACCUACGUGGGCUACAGCUACGGCGGCCAGAUGUCAGGGCCUCGGCGGCUCUGGUACUGCGACUGCCGUACUCAUUGCGGAACCAUCGAGAGGAACGAUCGAGACGGACAGAGCUAUAUAGUGUACCCAUCUUCUGUUGCACGCCGCGAGCACAAGGAGUGUGCACGCGUACGUGGGCAGGAACCCAGCCGACUUUGGGAUGGGGGUCGGGCACCGAGUCUGGGGCGGAAGAACUGUAGGUGUGGAAUUCGAAAGCGGCGUGCAUGCCGUGAGUCUAGAGUACCCAGAGUACUCCAAUCCAACACUCCUUCCGAGUCCGAGGGCUUCGGUCACAGCGCUGGCGGGGACUUCGGCCUUGGAGGGAUGCCAGCGCCGAUGGCUGCUCCGGGCGGUCCGGGGCCGAUGCCCGGGCCGGCGCCGGUGCCCUCCGGGAGCGACUUCGGCCUCGCAGCGGCCGAGGACUCAUCGAAUUCGCCUUUUGCAGGAAGGGCCCAGGGCCCUUGA